GAUUCCACACACCGCUGAUUGAUUCGGCUCACGUUUUGAUAGUAAGGAGAUUUUGGUAAGAAAGAAAGUAACAUUUAAGACAUAAAAACAGGGAAACGUAUACAGUAUGUACAGAUUUAAUUCCUUCGUAGGAGAUGAAAUACUUCCGGCAUCAAUGUGGUAUCUAUGACGCCAGAUAAGUGGGCGUGGUUUUAUCACGUGUGCUAUUGCGGAAGUAGUUAUCACGUGAGCGGCUGCUUUAUUUGUGUCUUUGCGAUGAGAUAAAAUGAGCAGAAAAACAAACAGUUCUGCGUUUUUAUUCAUUUCGUUAUGGGUCUGUUUUUGCUCGGCUGAUAAGAGCUACGUUAUAGACGAUGACGGAGGGUUUGGACGGACGUUUGAUGGCAUUGGAGGUGUGAGCGGCGGUGGGGCAACGUCUCGCCUUCUUGUGAACUAUGCUGAACCGUACAGAAGUCAAAUACUGGAUUACCUUUUCAAGCCCAACUUUGGAGCUUCUUUACAAAUACUAAAAGUUGAAAUCGGAGGCGAUGCACAGACGACAGAUGGUACAGAGCCAUCACACAUGCACUCUCCGAAUGAUGAGAAUUAUUUCAGGGGAUACGAGUGGUGGCUGAUGAGAGAGGCCAAGAAGAGGAAUCCUAACAUCACACUGAUAGGCUUGCCAUGGGCGUUUCCUGGAUGGGUUGGUCAUGGGAGAAACUGGCCUUAUUACUACCCUGAUAUAACUGCAUACUAUGUUGUGUCCUGGAUUAUUGGAGCGAAGCAGUACCACGACCUGGACAUUGAUUAUGUUGGGAUAUGGAAUGAAAGGACUUAUAACAGCAAAUAUAUCAAGAUCCUGCGCUACACUCUGGAUAAGAGCGGAUUGGAGAGAGUCAAAAUCAUCGCCAGUGACAACCUGUGGGAGCCGAUAACAUAUUCUGUCCAUCGGGAUCCUGAACUGAGGAACGCUGUAGAUGUGCUGGGGGCUCACUAUCCUGGAACCGUCACCGUCCCCGAAGCCUUGACCCUGCAGAAGCAGCUCUGGUCUUCUGAAGACUUCAGCACCUUUAACGAUGAUGUCGGAGGAGGCUGCUGGGCUCGAAUCCUCAACCAGAACUACGUCAAUGGCAGGAUGUCCGCCACUAUUUCCUGGAAUCUGGUGGCCAGCUACUAUCAGGAUCUCCCGUUUGGGAGAGCUGGGCUGAUGACCGCUCAGGAGCCAUGGAGUGGAAAUUAUAUUGUAGAAUCCCCCAUUUGGAUCACAGCCCACACCACACAGUUUACUAAGCCUGGAUGGAAGUAUCUGCAGAGCGUCGGCCAUCUUCAGUUCGGCGGAACGUACGUCGCUCUGACGGAUCAGAGCGGAAAUCUGACUAUAGUCAUUGAAACCAUGACUCAUGAUCACUCCGCGUGCAUCCGGCCUCCUCUGCCUCACUACGACGUCACACGUCAGAAAGCCACGUUCUCUUUAAAGGGAUCGUUUACUUCAGUCCGUGAGCUACAGGUCUGGCACUCCAAGUUCGAUUUCAAGACCCAAAAGCCAGUUUUCUUUCAAAACCUCAAGCCUAUAAAUGUAUCUAACGGAACGUUCAGCUUGGACCUCGAGGUCGAUGAAGUUUACACGCUAACCACAGUCACCACGGGGUCUAAAGGAAGUCACCCAGAGCCUCCUUCGUCUGCUCCCUUCCCUAAAAUCUACUCGGACGACUUCGACGUCAGUGACCCGUACUUCUCAGAGGCUCCGUUCUUUGCCGAUCAGACCGGAGUGUUCGAGUACUUCAAGAACCUGACGGAUGGCGGCGCUCACGUUUACACGCUGCGGCAGGUGCUGACCGAGAGGCCUGUGACGUGGGCAGCAGAUGCAGAUCAGACCAUCAGUGUCAUCGGGGAUUAUUCCUGGCAGGAAACCAGCGUCUCCUGUGACGUCUACAUGGAGAAGGUGGACAGCGGAGGUGUGUUUGUGGCAGUGAGGGUGGAUAAAGGUGGAGGAUCGAUCAGGAACUCACGGGGAAUCUUCUUCUGGGUGUUUGCUGAUGGAACUUACAAAGUCACCAAUGAUCUCAGUGGACAAAGCAUCCUGGCGGAGGGACGGUCCGGAACGCGAGCUCACGUCUGGUACACUCUGACUCUGACCGUCCAGGGUUAUUACGCCUCUGGAGAGCUAAACGGCUUCGUGCUGUGGAAAGACGCGAUCGUUUUGACGCCCAAACACGGCUGGGCGGCUGUCGGUACGAGUACCUUCGAACUGGCCCAGUUUGAUAACUUCGCCGUACGGGCGGCGUGACAGGACGACCUCGACUUUAUUUCCUGUACAGAGGAAUAACUGGAGGAUUUCUGACUCUAAAUACUACUGACAUUUCUGAUUGUUUUAAAAAAUAAUCAGUUUGGUGUAGCAUAAUGUGUGAGAGUGUGUGUGUGUGUGUGUGUGUGUGUGUGUGUGUGUGUGUGUGUGUGUGUGUGUGAGAGUGUGUGUGUGUGUGUG